AGUAGUAGGCAGGCAGUACUGGUCGUUCAAAACGCAGGGUCGUAAUCGUCCAAAGCUGAGUUUGCAGUGAUUCUUUUCCAUUCAAUUUCAACUUCUCUUCUGAUCUCAAGACUGUAACCAUGGCGGAGGAGACCAAACCCAUAGACUACGUCAUGGAGGCUGCUUCUGGUCCUCACUUCUCCGGUCUCCGUCUCGAAGGCCUUCUCUCUUCUUCGCCUACUUCCUCCUCUGCCGCCUCCGCUGCUUCUCUUCUCACCGACGCUGAUGCCCCCACGCAGCCUUUCGUCAUCGGUGUUUCGGGAGGUACGGCCUCUGGGAAGACCACCGUCUGUGAUAUGAUCAUUCAACAACUUCACGAUCAUCGCGUCGUGCUCGUUAAUCAGGAUUCCUUUUACCGUGGUUUGACUCCUGAGGAAUCAGAGCGUGUCCAUGAGUAUAAUUUUGAUCAUCCUGAUGCUUUCGACACUGAGCAACUUUUAGAGUGUGUUCAAAAGCUCAAAUCUGGACAUUCUGUUCAAGUUCCAAUCUAUGAUUUCAAGAAACAUCGCAGAUGUUCUGAUAGUUUUCGACAGGUCAAUGCUUCUGAUGUUAUUAUAUUGGAGGGGAUUCUGGUUUUCCAUGACCAACGAGUCCGCAGUCUGAUGAAUAUGAAGAUUUUUGUUGACACAGAUGCUGAUGUAAGGCUUGCUCGUAGAAUAAGGAGAGACACAGUAGAGAGGGGUAGGGACAUAAACUCUGUUCUUGAACAGUAUGCUAAGUUCGUUAAGCCUGCUUUUGAUGAUUUUGUUCUUCCAUCCAAGAAGUAUGCUGAUGUUAUCAUUCCUCGUGGAGGUGAUAAUCAUGUUGCCAUUGAUUUGAUUGUGCAACAUAUUCGCACAAAGCUUGGCCAACAUGACCUUUGCAAAAUAUAUCCUAACGUCUAUGUUAUCCAAUCAACAUUUCAGAUAAGAGGAAUGCAUACACUGAUUCGAGAUAAAGAAAUAUCAAAGCAUGAUUUUGUGUUUUAUUCAGAUCGGCUUAUUCGUCUGGUUGUGGAGCAUGGGCUUGGCCAUUUGCCAUUCACUGAGAAGCAAGUUGUAACUCCAACAGGAUCAGUAUAUACUGGGGUUGAUUUCUGCAAAAAAUUAUGUGGGGUUUCCAUUGUUCGAAGUGGCGAGAGCAUGGAAAAUGCAUUACGUGCGUGUUGCAAAGGUAUAAAAAUUGGAAAAAUCCUAAUUCACCGUGAUGGAGACAAUGGGAAGCAGCUUAUAUAUGAAAAACUUCCCAAGGAUAUUUCAGAGCGUCAUGUCCUGCUUCUAGAUCCUGUUCUUGCUACAGGUAAUUCUGCUAACCAAGCUAUAGAGUUACUCAUACAGAAAGGAGUUCCUGAAGCUCACAUUAUAUUCCUGAACUUAAUUUCGGCUCCUGAAGGAAUUCAUUGUGUUUGCAAACGAUUCCCAUCCUUGAAGAUAGUUACUUCGGAAAUCGACGUGGCCCUGAAUGAAGAAUUUCGUGUCAUUCCUGGUAUGGGCGAGUUUGGUGACCGUUACUUUGGCACCGAUGAUUGAUCACUGGCACAAACAACCAAUACAGUGAUUGGUCAGACAAUCCAGUAGGGUUGUGGCUUAUGCAAUAUCUUGUUCUUAUCUGAGAAGCAAAGUUUAGAGUAUUUUGACACGUAUGGCGUCAAAUGCAUGAAUUUGUACUGUCUGAUCUGAUACAGCAUACAAUACUUAAUUAAAUAUGUAUUUGGAGGAUAUGGUCUCCAAUUUUUAUUACUUUA